AUGACAUCGUUGCUCCGACCUCUCUUUGCACGCACCUCCACGACAGCACCACGCAUCUGCAAGACGCCCUUCCCCCAGCUUGCCCGCGCACCACACAGACUCAUGUCCGCAGAGCACCCCGCCAAAAAGAUCAACAUGUCCACCAUCAAGAUUGGAACGCACAAUGGCCACUUCCACGCCGACGAGUCGCUGGCGGUUGCCAUGCUGAAGAACCUCCCCACCUACGUUGACGCUGAGCUUGUCCGCACCCGCGACCCUGCCAAGCUCGCCGAAUGCCACACCGUCGUCGACGUCGGCGGCGAGUACGAUGACAGCGCAAAGCGCUACGACCACCACCAGCGCGGCUUCGACACCGUCUUCCCCGGCCACACCACCAAGCUCUCUUCCGCCGGCCUGGUCUACCUCCACUUUGGCAAGGACAUCAUCUCGGCUGUCACUGGACUGCCAGAGGGCGCCGACCGCGACCUGCUCUUCGAGAAGAUCUACACCGACUUCAUCGAGGCAUUCGACGCAAACGACAACGGUGUCAACGUCUUCUCGCCCAAGGACGUGGAGAAGGCAGGCAUCCAGAAGCAGUUCGAGGACCGCGGCUUCAGCAUUGCCAGCGUCGUCAACCGCUACAACUACGGCCCCUCGACCGGCGAUGCCAGCACAGACGAGGAGAAGCAGGCACGAGAGGAUCAGCGCUUCCUGAAGGCCUCGCAGUUUGUUGGCGAGCAGUUCACCAUCGAGCUCACUGAUCGCGCCCAGUCAUGGCUUCCAGCCCGCCACAACGUCAAGGCGGCCUACGACAACCGUCUGCAGUACGAUGCCCAGGGCCGCAUCUUGGUCCUGCCAGAGGGCAUGCCCUGGGCCGACCACCUGUACACGCUCGAGAAGGAGUCGCAGAUUCCCCAGGGCGUUGCCCCACAGGUCCUGUACGUUCUCUUCCCCGAGGACAAGCCAGAGGGCAAGUGGCGCAUUCGCGCUGUCAGCAAGGAGAACGGCGGUUUCCAGAACCGCAAGGACCUUCCUGACGCCUGGAAGGGUGUUCGCGACGCCGAGCUUGACAAGGUUGCUGGCAUUGAGGGAUGUGUCUUUGUCCACGCCGCCGGUUUCAUCGGAGGCAACAAGACGUUCGAUGGUACCCUGGCCAUGGCCAAGAAGGCACUGGACUUGUAG